UGUGCACUUCCGCCUUUUCCUUCUGUUUCCCUCGGGCCUCGCGUGGGAGGCGGUUCCGCGGCGCCGAGUCCGACCGCUCUCCUGGGGCCAGUACUACGAGACGAGCAUCUUCAGAGUUAUCUACAUUUUUCCAGGAACCGCAGAAAAUGAACAAAUCCCAGAUUGAACAGAAAUUCCAGGGAUCAGUAUCAUUUAUGGAUGUGACUGUGGGCUUCACCCAGGAGGAGUGGCAGCACCUAGACUCAACUCAGAGGUCCCUGUAUAGAGAUGUGAUGCUGGAGAACUACAACAACCUCGUCUCAGUGGGGUAUUGUGUUACCAAACCAGAAGUGAUCUUCAAGCUGGAGCAAGGAGAGGAGCCAUGGAUAUUAGAGGAAGAAUUCCCAAGCCAGACGUUCCCAGAAGUCUGGAAAACUGAUCACAUGAAAGAAAUGAGCCAAGAAAACCAGCCUAAACAUGUGUGGGAAGUUGUAUUCAUCAACAACAAAUUGCUGUCUAAAGAACAAGGUAAUGUAGUAGGAAAACCAUUUAACUUGGACACAAAUUCUUUUCCUUCCAGAAAAAUACUAUGUCAGUGUGACUCGUGUGGGAUGAGUUUCAACUGUAUUUCAGAAUUGGUUAUCAAUAAGAAAAACUAUUUAGGAAAGAAGACAGAUGAAUGUAAUGCCUGUGGAAAAUUGCUGCUCAAUAUUAAACAUGAGAAAACUCAUCCCAGAGAGAAAAGUGAAUUUUUAAAAAAUUGGAAGACUUUCAGUCAUAAUGAGGACCCUGUUCAGCAUGAGAAGAUACAAACCUUAGAGCAAAAUUUUGAGUAUAACAUACAUCAUGAAACCUUCCUUGGAAAGACAGUAUACAAUACACACAAGAGAGAGAUCACAGAAGGGACUGACUGUGGAUAUAAUGAAUACAAGAGAACUUUCUAUGAUAACUCAUCCUUCUUGUUCCAUGAGAUAACCCCCUCAAAGGAAGAUCACUAUGGAUUUAGUGAUUGUGGGAAAUCUUUGUGUGUGAGGUCUACCCUUUUGAAACAUCAUGGAGCACAUAUGAAACACUAUGAAUGUAAUGAAAGUGGGAAUAAUUUCAGGGGGAAGUUAUACCUCUCACAACUUCAUAAAACUCAUAAAGGAGAGAAACACUUUGAAUGUAAUGAAUGUGGGAAAGCUUUUUGGGAAAAGUCACACCUCACUCGACAUCAGAGGAUACAUACAGGAGAGAAGCGCUUUCAAUGUAAUGAAUGUGGAAAAACUUUCUGGGAGAAGUCAAACCUCACUAAACAUCAGAGAUCACACACAGGGGAAAAACCCUUUGAAUGCAGUGAGUGUGGGAAAGCCUUCAGCCACAAGUCAGCCCUCACAUUACACCAGAGAACACAUACAGGUGAGAAACCCUAUCAAUGUAAUGCAUGUGGGAAAACUUUUUACCAGAAGUCAGACCUCACUAAACAUCAGAGAACACACACAGGACUGAAACCCUAUGAAUGUUAUGAAUGUGGGAAAUCCUUCUGUAUGAAUUCACACCUUACAGUACAUCAGAGAACUCAUACAGGUGAGAAACCCUUUGAAUGUCCUGAGUGUGGGAAAUCUUUCUGUCAGAAGUCGCAUCUUACACAACAUCAGAGAACUCACAUAGGGGAUAAACCCUAUGAGUGUAAUGCAUGUGGGAAAACUUUCUACCACAAGUCAGUACUCACCAGGCAUCAGAUAAUUCAUACAGGGUUGAAACCUUAUGAAUGUUACGAGUGUGGGAAAACUUUCUGCUUGAAGUCUGAUCUCACAGUACAUCAGAGAACUCACACAGGGGAGAAACCCUUUGCAUGUCCUGAAUGCGGAAAAUUCUUCAGCCAUAAGUCAACCCUCUCUCAACAUUAUAGAACACAUACAGGGGAGAAACCCUAUGAAUGUCAUGAAUGUGGGAAAAUCUUCUAUAAUAAAUCAUACCUAACUAAACAUAAUAGAACACAUACAGGGGAGAAACCCUAUGAAUGCAAUGAAUGUGGGAAAACCUUCUGCCAGAAGUCACAACUCACUCAGCACCAGAGAAUUCACAUAGGGGAGAAACCCUAUGAAUGUAAUGAAUGUGGAAAGGCGUUCUGCCAUAAGUCAGCUCUAAUUGUACACCAGAGAACUCAUACAGAAGAAAAGCCCUACAAAUGUAAUGAAUGUGGAAAAUCUUUCUGCGUGAAGUCGGGACUUAUUUUACAUCAGAGAAAACACACAGGGGAAAAACCCUAUGAAUGUAAUGAAUGUGGGAAAUCCUUCAGUCACAAAUCAUCCCUCACAGUGCAUCACAGGGCUCACACAGGAGAGAAAUCUUGUCAAUGUAAUGAAUGUGGGAAAAUUUUUUACCGUAAAUCAGACCUUGCUAAACAUCAGAGAUCACACACAGGGGAGAAGCCCUAUGAAUGUAACACGUGUGGAAAAACCUUCUCUCAGAAGUCAAACCUCAUUGUACAUCAGAGGACGCACCCAGGAGAGAAAUCUUAUGAUUGAAAAAAGCCCUAUGAAUGUCAUGAAUGUGGAAAAUCCUUCAACCAGAAGUCAUCACACACAAGACAUCAGAGAACACACACAGGGGAAAAGUCCUGUGAAUGUCAUGAAUGUGGGAAAACUUUCUACAAGAAUUCAGACCUCAUUAAACAUCAGAGAAUUCAUACAGGGGAGAAACCUUAUGAGUGUCAGGAAUGUGGGAAAUCCUUCAGUGAAAAGUCAACCCUCACUCAACAUCAGAGAACACACACAGGGGAGAAACCAUAUGAAUGUCAUGAAUGUGGAAAAGCCUUCUCAUUUAAGUCAGUCCUUACUGUACAUCAGAAGACACACACAGGGGAGAAGCCCUAUGAAUGUUAUGAAUGUGGGAAAGCCUUUCUCAGAAAAUCAGACCUCAUUAAACAUCAAAGAACUCACACAGGGGAAAAGCCUUACGAAUGUAAUGAAUGUGGGAAAUCCUUCUCUGAGAAGUCAACCCUCACUAAACAUCUGAGAACUCAUACAGGUGAGAAACCCUAUGAAUGUAUUGAAUGUGGAAAAUUUUUCUGCUACUACUCGGGUUUCAUAGAACAUCAAAGAAGACACACAGGGGAGAAACCUUUUGGAUGUAACGAAUGUGGGAAAAACUUCCGUCAGAAGUCAGCCCUAAUUGUUCAUCAGAGAACUCACAUAAGACAGAAACCCUAUGAAUGUAAUGAAUGUGGAAAAUCAUUCUGUGUGAAGUCAAAACUCAUUGCACAUCAUAGAACACACACAGGGGAGAAACCCUAUGAAUGUAAUGUUUGUGGAAAAUCAUUCUAUGUGAAGUCAAAACUCACGGUACAUCAGAGAACACAUUUGGGGAGAAACCCUAUAAAUGUAAUAAAUGAGGGAAAUCACUGUGGGUGAAGUCAAGAGUUUAUAGAUCAAAGAACACAAAAGGGGAGAAACAUCAAUUAAUAUAAUUUUGAGAGUACCUUUAGUCUAAUGUCAGUUCUCACAAUACAGUAGACAACUUUCAGAGGGAAGAAAAUAAUAUGAAGAUAUUAAAUAUAGGAAGUUUUUCUACUGGACUUUGGACCAUGUAGUAUAUCAGAAAACUCAGAGUGGAGAAAACCUAUUGGUAAAUGAAUAUAGGGAACUUUUUGCUCAAAGCCGCACAUCACUAAACAUCAGAGAAAUCACACAGGGUAGAAACCUCUGUCAGCUCCAUGGGGUAGAGAAGACUUCAUCCACAAGUCAGCGAAAAUGCACAAGCUAUAAGAAAUUGUUUACUAUGAAGUGGUAUUUUAUGGGACUUGUGUGAAAUGCUUGAAGUAGCAUCUCAGUAGGCAUCAGAUAGUUACUGGAGAAAAUACUUUUAAUUUUUUAAAAUGUGUGCAAGCUUUAAGUUAAAAUUUAUCAUAUAUCAGAUUUUGAAUUGAAGGGUAUCUAGCAGUUUAGGAAAUGUGGAGAAUGUUUUUCAUUUAGAAAUAGCAUUUUACUUUGUUAAAAUACAAUAUGGUUCAUUGCUGGGUCUGCUGUUCCCUUCUGUUUAAGAUAUUGGUUGUGAAAACACACCACACUCCAACCAGUGGUUGCAAGCAGUUCAGAGGUUUCUUGCUCAGGCAUAUGCAAAACAAGAGAAUAUUUUUAGCAAGAGGACCUGCCGACAAGAA